AUGGGCAUAGCGAGAGGACUUCUUUACCUUCAUCAGGACUCUCGAUUGAGAAUUAUUCACAGAGAUCUUAAGAGUAGCAACAUUUUACUAGAUAGUGACUUGAAUCCCAAGAUUUCUGAUUUCGGCCUCGCAAGAACUUUUGGUGGAGAUCAAACUGAAAGCAAAACAAAGCGAGUAAUUGGUUCAUGUAGUGGCUAUAUGUCGCCAAAAUACAUUGUUGACGGGAAAUUCUCGGUGAAAUCUGACGUCUUCAGUUUUGGAGUGCUUUUACUAGAGAUAGCAUGGUUAUUGUGGAAAGAAGGCAGGGCAUUGAAAGUAGCAAAUGGCAUUGCUGAGCUAUUGUUGGUUGAAUCUGAAGUGCUUAGAUGUAUCCAAGUAGGCUUACUGUGUGUUCAAAAACUACCACAAGACAGGCCAACAAUGGCAUCAGUAGUUGUCAUGUUGAGCAACGAGAGUGUGACGUUACCACAACCUAAAGAGCCUGGUUUAUUUGUGGAAAGAAGUUGUGAUGAAACAGACACAUUACCACGCGAGGAAACAUACCUCACUCAAAAUGACGUGGCAAUAUCCGUGCCGGAACCAAGAUAA